AUGAAAGGAUUUUUAGUGAAGAAUUUUCUUUCAUCUAAUAAUACAGAUAAUAAAAAUGGGAAUGAUGAUAAUGAAAAAAAUAAAAAUAAUCAACAGAAUGAGAUAGAUAAAAAUGAGAAUGAAGAAAAUAGUGGAGAAGGAAAAAAAAACGAUAUUCAAGCUAGCCAAAAUAAUAACGAAAAUAAUAAAUCGAGCGAAAUAAAUCAAGAGGAAAAAAAAUUAACAUAUGAAAAACACAACAAAGAUAAAUGUGAUCCUCCAAUGAAUGAACAAAAUCAUAUUACAACUGAUACCCCUGAUGGGAAAUUUGAAAAUGAAAAUAAUAACAACGAUAAUAGCAACGAUAAUAGCAACGAUAAUAGCAACGAUAAUAACAACGAUAAUAACAACGAUAGUAAUAAUAAUAAUGACCUUGGAAAUAACGAAUAUAAAGUAAAGGAUAAUACAUUUUCAAGUAUUGAUAAAAUGACAUUUUACGAAUGUGUGCUAAAACAGCUAGCUGAUGAUAACUUACUUGAUUCAUAUAAUACUUUAAAAAGAGAAAUAAAUUUAGAAGAAAAUGCAAAUAGCGAAAAUAAUUUCCUUUUUAAUAUGUAUCAAAAGAGCUUAUAUAAUUAUCCUUCUAAUGUAGUUGAGAGCGAAGAAACAAAAAUAAAUAAGUUAACAGAAUAUAAUUCUUUAAAUAAAAAAAAAUCACAUAUAUAUAAUAAUAAUAAUUUAAUAUUAAACUAUGAAAAUAAUAGCAACAAAAUACGACAAAUUUAUUCUUACGAUAUUAAUAGUCGUAUAGAAUUAAUUCAUAAAAAUAAAUGUAUAUGUUGUGCUAACAACAUAUCGAGAAAUAUUCUUUGUUCCGCUAGCUCGGAUAGUACCAUAAAAAUGAUAAAAAUAAAUGAUUUAAAAAAAAAAAAAAUAUUUCUUAUAGAUAAUAAACACACACAAAAAAUAAAUAGCCUAAAAUUUCAUCCAACAAAAAAUAUUUUAUUUUCUGCUAGCGAUGAUUGUAAAAUACAGAUUAUUGAUAUAAAUAAAGCUUUAAAAAAAAAAAAAAAAUUGUAUUAUAAUCAAUAUAAACAUAUAAGAGACAAAAAUAAAAGAAAUGAUGAAGAAACAGAUAUUAUAAUUCAGGAUAAAAAUCCAUUUAUAUCAAUGUAUGUACACCCAUGUGGUGAUUUCUUAUAUGCAUGUAAUAAAAAUGAAAAUAUAAUCAAAUUAUAUGAUCUUCAAACUUUAAAUUGUUUUAUGACAACUAAUAAAAAUAUGUAUCAUAAUUCGACUAUUAAUCAUAUUAGUGGAACCUCGGAUGGACAUAUAUAUGGCUCUGUUUCUGUUGAUGGAAAUAUAAAAAUAUGGGAUGGGCUUAAUUCGAAUUUAAUACAUACUCAAUAUAAUGCACACAAUGGUUAUUCAAUCCAAUCAAUUGAAUUUAAUAAAUCAAAUUUUUAUAUAUUAACAUCCGGUUUAGAUGGUCAAACAAAAAUAUUUGAUAUAAGAAAUUUUAAAACUUUAUAUACAUUUGGAAAUGGACUAUCAUGUAUAUCAAAUAAAAGUAUUUUUAUGAAUAACGAAGCUUUUAUAGCUAAUAUUGUUCAACCUAAUGAUAUUUUUGAUUCAAAAUUUUAUAUAUAUAAUUCUUAUUUUGGUAAUAUAGAACAUAAUAUACAAAAUAUACAUAAUGAUAAAAUUACUGAUAUUAUAAAUGCAAGGGAUGGAUUGGAUGUUCAUACAGCUAGCUACGAUGGAUUUUGUAAAACCAUCAAAAUAAAUCAAAUGUAUUCCCAUGAUAAUUAA